CUGUUUUUCUCUCUUCCCCCGGUUUCGAUGCUAUGCCCCUUCACUGCGUGGCAUUUGGUGAGGUUAGGCCACAUCGAUUGACAGGCAGCUUCUCGUUGGCAUGCAGCUCUCCACUCACCGAACCACUCGUGAUAUCGAAGGAAACGUCAUCGAAAUGAUGAGGCACAAAAACUGAAGCAGCCCCCAGUAGGCAGACGAGAGAGAGAGAGUUAGCGCGCGCACAAGGAACGAAUCGAUUUCGAUAAACAAACGUGGAAGCCCACAGGCAGCGUGGCGGUCGGUUCUUGUUGCCCAACUGAACUGAAGCCCAAAACGCCACAAAAAGACCCACAGGCAGAAGGCUCACACAGUCUCACGCGUGGGCCUGUCAGGGAGAGAGCUACAUCGCAGACGUUAAGCCUUCCGCUAAUGGAAGAAGUUGUCACAGUGGGCUUCAUCCACUGGCCCAACCCAUGCCAGCUACCCAUGUGUGAUCGUGAUUCGGUAGAAUUGGGGAAGUGGAUCUCCUCGACUCUGGCACGCGUUCUUCGAGUUGGAUUUGAACAUCACUUCACCCGCACAAAUCAAAGAGUGCGUUGAAGAAUGCGAUUUGUGCAUUUGAGCGCGCGCGGGCCCGAAGACAACCGACGCCGACGACAAGGGCACGCCAAUGGCUCCGGCUUUGAAGGUCCGUGCGCCAAGAGGAAAAAGGCUUCUUUCUUGCCACCGCUCCCAGCCAAGCGGGAGAGCAUUCAUGGGGGACCAAGCCAACCCCCAUAUCGAUUACUAAUGACCACAUGCUCAUCUCAUCGUAGAAAGCUCUCCCAUCUACUCGGUUGCUCUAUUGCCGGUUUGUCUAUCUUAGCCAUUCCCAUCCAGGCAGCAGCAUCCUGCUUAUCCGCUCAAACACUGCCAGCAGCAACUGCGCAAGCUCGAGAGAACUUUCACGUCGAAUUGAAGGCUUCCCGUGUCAUCGCUGGACAGAUAAGUAAUUUAUGAAUGUAUCCAUCGAUAAAUGGUGUAUUGUUUGCUGUUAGAAUGUGUUUUAUGCCUCA